UCUGCUGUGACAUGGAGUUACUACAGAGUUUUCUAUUGUUCGACGCGCAGCAUUGUUUGUGUAACAGUCAUCUUUGGAGUAUGCAAUAUUCCGCCAUAUGGUCUCUAUGUUUAAUGUUGUAUGGAGUGCUCUACCGAAUAUGAGGUGUUCUGGUGAUGCUAUACAAAAUACCCUGCUUUAAUAUAUUCAGUGCUGUGCUAUGCUGCAUACAUUAUACGCAGCUUGUAUCAUACGAAAUAUAUACAUUGAAGCACCAGUUUAUCAGUUAUGAGAAGAUGUUUUUAUUACAUUAAUCAUAUAAAAACUGACAAGACCAGAACUGAAGCUGACUGCCUAGCAAUGAAUCCGUGAGAAACUCCCACCAUGGCUGGCCGGGACAGAGGCAGCGCUCAAUUGAUGUUUAGAGGGUGAAGCACUGCGACGCUUCACCACUCUAAACAUUCUGAAAGGGAUGAUAGUGGUGAUGGUAGCGGUGCUGGUGGGGGUGACGUCAUCAGGCAAGGGACAACACGACCGUUGUGCCGCCACUCGCUACCGCCCAGACGCUCCUCUGGCAACCGAUGGGACAGUGUGGCUUUAUGUGUUUAAGCUGCAGGUCUGCAUGUGGCACUCUGGUGUGGGUACAAGAGCAGGUUACUGGGGAUACUCUGCCAGCGGCCAGUAUGCAAGCCGAGAUUAUUCUGAGGACAGGUGUAAUGGACCACUGGAAUACUGGUACAACCUUGGCUACACAAACAAGACUAAGAGAGAAGUCAACGAUAUUGUUAGCAAUUUGGUGCGAAAGUGCUAUCCCGGUUACAGUAAGUGUUGGAGGUUCAUGAUGUCUCACUACAGCACUGGUUACUGGAACUGUAAUUACUUCACUCAUCACCUGGCAAAGGCCCUGGGUGUAGUCAAGAAUUACCCAAGUUGGUUGUGGAACUCCCCAUGGCCAGGCUUCAGCUGUUAAAUUGUGAGAACAGAGGACUCUGGCUCCAGGUUCAGGGAGCUCUGCUAACAUGCAUCUAUAAUAGAGAGAUUCCUCUCAGUAAAGGCAACUCUCUCUAAGACUGAGUGACUUUCUACAAUCAUGAAUUUCUUGGUCUCCUAGAUUUAAGGUUAUUUCUUUGAGAUGUAACACCAUGAACAGAUUCAACUUCCAGGACAAAAAGACCCCAGUCGUCAUCUGUAGAUCAAGCAUCCAAGCCCCAUUCAGUUUUGUGGAUUAAACACUGGCCUGACACAAUCAUAUUCCACUGACAUAUUAUGAUCCUGCAUAGACACUUAGUACUAAACUGAUUCAACUCUAUUCUUUUAUCAGAAUAGAAAAUUAAAGGGUAUAAAGUACCUCAACUGU